AUGAGUACGCUUACAGACAGCUCCCUGCGCAAGCCUGGGCCCAACUGUCCGCUACAUGGCGGCCAAGCCUCUGGCCUUUGUGGCGGACAGUUGCGUCUUCAAGCAUACAAGAGGACGCACAUCCCCCAGUUCGAGUGCGAAAUCAAGAUAGAUCUGCUUGAAUCGGUAGAUCCCGAGGCCACGAAAGCCAUCCCGAGGCCACGAAAGCCCCAUCCGUCCCCUGCCGCCGAUCUUGUCACCCUUGUGCAGCCUUACCAUAGAACCGGAUCCGCCGCGUUCAUCAACAACUGUUGGCCGACCCCUACGUACCUCACAGCGCUCUUACGCAAGGCCCGUGCUACCGCCCUCGGCCAACAGCCUGACCCUUAA